CUUCCUUAUUUAAACCCAUACAAGUUUCUGAGGAAAACAUAUCAGUUAUGGUGUUGUUCCCACUUAUUUCCAAUAUUCUUAUUCUUCUUCUUUUGUUUUUCACCAAAGAAGCUUUAGCUGUGUCAAAGCUUUCAGUAACUGAUUAUGAUAACUAUCUUAGCCGGGAAAUAGUGGCAGAACGAGAAGCUGAUAGAGUUUAUGGAUUACCAGGGCAACCACCAGUGAAAUUCAAACAAUAUGCAGGUUAUAUCACUGUCAAUGAAACUCAUGGAAGAGCACUCUUUUAUUGGUUCUUUGAAGCCACUCACAAACCAGAAGAAAAACCUGUUCUAUUGUGGCUCAAUGGAGGCCCAGGUUGUUCCUCAAUUGGUUAUGGAGAAGCAGAGGAGUUAGGACCCUUCUUUCCUCAGGACAGUUUCCACCCAAAGCUAAAGUUGAACCCUUACUCAUGGAACAAAGCUGCCAAUCUUUUGUUUUUGGAAAGCCCUGUUGGGGUGGGAUUCUCCUACACCAACACCAGCAGUGAUUUGGAUGAGCUUGGUGACGCCAUUACUGCUAAAGAUUCACACACCUUCAUAGUCAAGUGGUUUCGGAGAUUUCCACAAUUCAGAUCACACGAGUUCUACAUUGCUGGCGAAAGUUAUGGAGGGCACUACGUUCCACAACUGUCGGAGCUCAUUUUCGAUCACAAUCGCAAUCGUGCCAAGAAAGACUACAUCAACUUCAGAGGAUUCAUGAUUGGAAAUGCAGCAUUGGACUACGAAACAGAUCAAAAGGGUUUGGUGGAGUAUGCCUGGGAUCAUGCAGUGAUAUCUGAUGAAUUAUACCAUAACAUUACAACCAGAUGCAAUUUCAAACUUCAAAAUCAAACAGAUGAAUGCAUCGACGAUCUGUCUAAUUUCUCCGUAGCGUAUGACGUUAUUGACAUGUAUAGCUUGUACACUCCCACAUGUCUCAACAGCAUCAGCAGCAACACAGCCCCUGUCGUCAGAGGCACAACCUCAGAAACUUUUUCCAAAAUUAAUAAGUGGCAUAGAAAAGCAGAGGGAUAUGAUCCAUGUGCAUCCGAUUACACUGGAUUUUACCUAAACAGGCCAGAAGUCCAAAGGGCACUACAUGCCAAUGUCACCAAACUCUCCUAUCCAUGGACUCAUUGCAGUAGCCUCAUGGGACCUUGGAAAGAUUCACCACUGUCCAUCCUUCCUGUCAUCAAGAAGCUUGUUGCUGGUGGUCUUCGCAUUUGGGUUUACAGUGGAGAUACCGAUGGAGCAGUUCCUGUGACUGGAACAAGAUACACUCUGAAAAAGUUGGGGCUCAAGAUUGUUGAAGAUUGGACUCCCUGGUAUACUAGCAAACAGGUUGGGGGAUGGAGAACGAUUUACGAUGGUCUUACUUUUGUGACCAUAAGAGGUGCUGGCCAUCAGGUUCCAACCUACACUCCCAAACCAGCUCUGCAACUGCUACGACACUUCCUUGCAAAUAAGAAAUUACCUUCUCAUCCUAUUUAAUCAUUUUUUUUCUUCAUUUAUCUUUUCGAUUGUGUUUCAUAAUAAGAUUUUAAGUUUCUUAAACAGUGUUUUAUGUAGUAGCUAUGUGUUAUUGUUUUUUUUUAUUACGUAAAUAUCAAUCACAUACAAUCAAUCAAUAUACAAGAACAACCGUUUGU